UGCGAGAGCAGCGGGAGCAAGGCGGAGAAGCGGCGGAUCGUUCGCGCUCCUCUCUUCGGCGAGCCGCGUGCAAGCAAGCGGCUGCUGGUGCUUCUCGCUAGGCCAGCGAACGUCGUCGCCGACGCCGCUAGCGCCCCCCGGCGAUCGCCACGAGGGGUGCACGCAUCUCCUCCGGCAGCAGCAGGCCCUUCUGUUUGGAAGUCGUGCGCCUCCACAGGUGGCCCGGCGCGAGUGAGCAGCAGCGCAGCGCGCGCGCACGCACGCCGUUUGCCGCUACCGCGGCUGUUUGGCCGAUGGAUUCGUCAGCGGCGCUGGCCGCACGGGAGACGGAGGCUGGCGCGGAGCCUGCCGGACCACGACGACUACAACGACGGCGCCGACGACUACUAAGCGCUUAGCGCCGCGGGAGGCCACGCACCGUCCGCUAGCGUAGCUCGGCCACCGCGCGGCGGCGUCCGCUGGGUGGUCCGUGACGGACGGCGUUGGUUGCGCCUGCUGCGUUUGGAAAGGACUUCAGCGUCCAACUUGGCUCGCUCGCCCUUCUCUCGCCAUCGCCUCGCCCUCGCACUCCGACUCUCCGCCCCACAGCGAGAGACGACGGCGAUCGACACGUCUUGCGCAUCGCCUUCGCGCCUUCCUCCGGCUCCUCCCGUUAAUUGUGCUUUUCUUUUUUCUCGCUGACGCCCGUGCAAGCUGGAACUCCCCCGCCCGCUCCUAUAGCUCACAUCCGCAUCCCUCCUCCGACACUUUCUUUGCAAUGACGGAGGAGUGUGCAUAAGCUUCAGCGCCCGAACAGGUCGCAGCCGGCGUUCGACUGGGUGGAUCGCCCAGGAGCGGAUGCUCAAUAAGACCGAUACGCGAAGCGAGCCGUUCUCCCUCUUGUCUUUGCUUUUUUUUUUCUCUUUCCUUCCCAUCGCCGACAUCGAGCGCGACGCGCAGCCUCGUCGUCUUUUUCCCACGACGGAGCUCCGACUGUCUCCUAAACGUCACGCGGGAGCAUAGUGUCGUUCGUGCCUGCAUCACUCCCACCGCCGCCCACGACAUACCGCCUCCCCCUCCUCCUCCUCGUGUGCCUGCAUGCUACACGUGUCGUUUUAUGCCGAGCGGGGCAUUAUUCUUUCGUCUCCGCUUUUGUUUCCCGUGCAAUAUAGCUACCGCGAGAAGAUGGCACUGUCCCGCGUGAGUUGUGACCGGCGGCAAAUUUAGCGUCGACCACAAAAAACGCCAGCCCGCCCGCCAGUCGGUUGUCGACGUCUUCUUCUUCCUCUGGUCGUCGUCUCGCGCGACGCCUGGCUCGCGCGCGCUCUGAACAGGAAGCGGUGGUCGCGCGGCGCCCCCGCCGACCGUAAAAGCGACGCAAGUGGACGACGAGCCUCUGCAGCGCCAGUGCAUUGCGAAAGGACUUGUCGCCGGCUGACGUCACCGAUCCGUCGUCGAGCUUUCCGGAGGACCCCUUCGUCGCGGCGCGAACUUGAAGAACGGGAGCCAUGGGCGGAGCCGCACACUUGAGGUGGUUGCUCCUUCUCUGCCUCUGCUGGAAAUCGCUGACGCUGUCCCCCGAAGUUGGGCAAGCACCGCAUCCGGCGCAAUCGAAGGCGGCAGACCUGCGCCAGCGCAACAGCAGCGGAGCGGACGGCAUCCCGUCGUCGCCCGCCUCAGCGGCGGCUGCCGCACAGGCCACAGCCGCUGUGCCCUUGAGCCGAAGCUGGACGAGCUGGGGCCCCUGGUCGCCCUGUUCGAGGUCUUGCGGCGGCGGGCUCUCCUACCAGACACGGCGCUGCCUAGGAAGGCCUCCGCGGCACCGCCGUGUGCGCAACAGCAAGAAGGCUGGCCGCUGCCGUGGACCUGCCAAGCGUUAUCGAAUAUGCGGCGUUGAGCCGUGUAACGCCAUCGAAGCCGACCCGAGACAGGAGCAGUGCUCUGCCUUCGACAACAUGAGUUUCGAAGGCAAUAAGUACGUGUGGAAGAAGUUCAUCAGGGAACCGGCCGACUGCCAGUUGCAUUGUCAGCCGAUGGGCCAUCGCUUCUACGCCACGCUGGCCAAAGUGGUUAGAGACGGCACCCCUUGUUCCGCUGGCCUGGAAGAUCGUGUCUGCAUUGGUGGCAGCUGCCUGGCAGUGGGCUGCGACGGCGUUGUGAGCUCACGGCGCAGCGCCGACCUGUGCGGCGUGUGCGGCGGUGACAACGCGACGUGCCGGACAUUCUCCGGUCUGCUGACGCUGCGCAACUUGUCCAAGGACUACGAGGUGAUCGCGGCCAUACCCAGAGGAGCGGCCAGCCUAGUGGCCACGGCAGAAGGGAACAGGCUCGCCGUGAAGGACGCUGAGAACGGCCGCUUCAUACUGAACGGCAACGCCGGCGUGUGGGAUCCUGCCGGCGUGUACGCGGGCGCAGGUACCCGUUUCCACUACCGCGUCCAGAAUCGCACCGGCGCUCAGUCCUUGGAGGCCAGGGGACCUCUCGCCAGGCCUGUCCACCUCAUGCUGGUGUUUCGCAGCCCGAACCUGGGCGUCAAGUUCCAGUACAGCGUGAGCAGCCGCGUGGCCAACAAGGGCCCGCCCCCGUCGGCAUCGGCGGACGAGCCUUCGCUCGGCGGGCAGUUCCUGCGGUCACGCGCCGUGCUCGAGACGGGCCCGUUCCGCUGGCAGCUGGCCUUCACUUGCAGCAAGACCUGCGGCACAGGGCUACGGCACAUGGUGGCCAGUUGCGUACUUUCGGCCACCGGAGCGCCGGUGCCAGAGGAGCACUGCUCAAACCUUCCACGACUCAGGACCCCGCCGACCUCGCCGCAACCAGUGCCGUGCAAUACGCAGCCCUGCCCCGACGACCGCGGCCGCAGUGGCGCUGGGGGCGACACGGACGGCAGUCCUCGCUGGCAGGUGACCUCCGACUGGUCCGCCUGCUCGACCACGUGCGGCGACGGCCUGCAACGGCGCACCGUUGUCUGCGUGGGGCUGAGAGGAGGCGCACUGCGGGACUCGGCCUGCCAGCAGGGCGACGAGAGGCCGCCCUCAGUGAGGCCCUGCAACUUGAACCCCUGCGCCGUCUGGCGAGCCGGCCCGUGGGGGAAGUGCAGCAGCGAGUGCGGGAAAGGCAUGCGCAAGCGCGAGGUAAGCUGUGGGCCAGGCCUGAAGGCGACUGCCUGCAAAGCCUCCGAAAAACCCGUCACCGAGCAGGUGUGCGAGAUGCCACCUUGCUCGAGCACCUGGUUCUUCUCAGCCUGGUCUGAGUGUUCCGUCAAGUGUGUUCCGGGCGUUCAGAGGCGACGAGUCUUCUGCGUCCCCGGACAGAAUGAAUGUGACAUGCUGGAUAAGCCUUCCUCCCAGCAACCAUGCCUUGAGCUUUGCACAGGAACCUGGUUUGUGGGACCCUGGUCAAAGUGCCUUCCCGGUUGCGGCAACGGGACGCGCGAACGCCAGGUUCUGUGCGUCGGCCAGCAGGGAGGCCGAUGGACGACGGUGGUGCCCGAUGGCCACUGCGGCUACGCAGAGCGGCCGCUCGCCUCGGAACCCUGCGAAACGCCCUGCGCGCCAGAGUGGCACACGUCGGCAUGGAGCACUUGUUCGACUUCGUGCGGUGGCCGGGGAAGCCAGACGCGCCAGUCACUGUGCUUGGACGUCGGCGGGGAAGUGGCGGGCAUCGAGGCCUGCUCGGAGUCCUCGCGACCUUCGGCCAGGCGUCCGUGCGGCCUGUCCGCGUGCCCCGCGGAGACGGCCGAAGAGCGCGGCUGUCGGGACACCCGGAAUCGCUGCGCGCUGGUGGUGCAGGCGCGCCUCUGCAGCUACCCGUACUUCCGCCAGGGGUGCUGCGCCUCGUGCCGCCGCGCCGCCUCCAACCACCCGUCGCCGGACGAGGACAAGGCCUGAGUCACUGUACCGCUAUCGACGAGGAACGUCGUCAGGAGGUCGCGGCGGUCGCAUGCGUGCCUCUUGAAGUGUCCAGAGGACGACACUUCCUGGAGAAAGGAGUAUGGGCGCUUCGCCUAGAGGCACCCUAACGACGUGGCACUCCAGCGCGCGACUUUUUUUCAUCCGGUUCAGGCCGUGACCAAUCUGUACUUCGAGCCGUACGGUUCUGAUCGCCAAAAGCGGCCCUGGUCAGAAGUCGUCAUCACUUGCUGUCCUCUAAGGAACCAACCUUGCGGGCAGGAAGGUCAUCAUACUAUAGAGGAAGCCUCUUGACGCCUAGGAAUUAUCCAACGACAAGAGCCAUCAUUAUCCGACAACGACAACCCCAGUCGCCGAACAUGGAUGAACUUAUUUCAUUCGGGCCAUUACUGACCCUAAAAGUGCCCUGGACGUCGAAGCGCUGUCGCACCCUAAGCUUGCACCUGCACUGAACAAACGGUGUUGAUUCGCCUGUGCGCUUACUGGCAAGCGCAUAGACUAUAAGACACGUGUAUCAGUGGCUUUGCCGCCCGCGCUGUUCAUUGCCUUGCCGUUUUAUAGCGUAAGCUAACGCGUUUUAUUUAUGCAUCCGGAUGACGUAAACAUAUAGGAAACUGUCCUUACUUUGACCUUGGCCAGCAAGCGUUGCUUUCGCUCAUGCAGGCGUGGUGUGCCGGCUAUCGACUUCGAUAAAAUGUCGAUUGCACUAUGUGGUGGAACGCGAACUGGAAGCGAGAUAUCUGCAAGACCGAGCAACUAUCUUUGUACAUAGUUAGAUACUAGCGAAGAACGAGGGCACCCUGUAAGUACAGCUGUCGUUUCUCGUAGUUAAAGGCGCAUGUAUGUCUCGUGUCUAACAGGCCAGUGUGCUACCUCUCUAGUACAGCGAGGAGAUUCGUAUUCCACUUGCCCAUGUAGCGCCUUGGCUUUGCGCGAACAUUACUUGGGAAAGAAAUAUGGUUGUUCUUUUUCCCUGCAAACUCAACACGGCCCAUCACUGUCCAGGUCGGACUAAUUUUCCGAAGUUGCUACGUUAGCGUAGCGGUGUAUAAGAUUGGAAUGCAUGCAAGCAGACGACGUGCGCCGAGGCUUCGAAUACGCGCUUGUAAUCGUCUGCUGGCGGCCUCUUUUGAGGGAGUGAAAUACCGUGGCACGCGGGUCGUUGCAAUUGCUGGCGCCUAGUUCAACGCGCAGAUACUUUUUUUACAGUAUUGAAGAGGGUCAAAUAACAGCUUAAGCACUCCUGAAGUUUUCGCCCUAUUCGACUUAUGAAAAAAGUUAUCCAUUCUGACGUUACAUCCCAUUGGAUACUCAUAGGAAGGCGGAGCUUGUGUCAUACAGCGCGUUAGUUUUAGAGUACGUCGUGGUGUCAGAUUUAGUAUUCAGCCUCCAACUACGUGCAGCAGCUCGGCGUAGGAAGGUUUCGCGCUCGUUCCAUAUUCAAACCAUGCGGCGAAACUGAAAACAGCCCCGGCGUUGUUGAGCACGCCGUGCAUGUGACUCAGGAAAACUGACUCGCACUGUUUGGGAAGCGAGUCCGUACAGUCGCUCACAUUCGCGCAUCAACAUUUACGGAGCUCAUUUGUCACGCGGCUUUCUUUGCACACGGCGGCUCAGCGUCCGUCUACAAGAGGAAGAAAAAAAUUGCAUUCUACAUUCUCUGCAUUCUACAAUUUUCAUUUGUUUUAUAUAUGUGUUACGAACUGUUCACGUGAAUUCACACUCCUGCAGUCCUAAGCUGCCGAUGAUUCUAACAUAAAAUGUCUUGCUAGUUUCGACACGGAAUGCACGACGAAUCUAAUGCUUGGAAAGGGAAGCCUUUGAGCUUGGACUUUAAUUACCAGAAUCGUCCUCUUGAUCCUCUAAAUCUCUUGACGAACCUGACCAAAACGUUAAUUUGUCCAUUAUGUGUCGCUGAAUUUGCACCGGAAUGCGAGUGUUUCAGCUCUGUGCCGCGUUGUCCUUACCGUAACACGAUCUCGCUGUGAUUUUUUUGUCCCUGUGGGGGAGAAAAUUUGGAGCAGGCCAUAGGAGGAAGGGAUGGGGGGUGGGGGGGUUUGAUAGUAGUAAUACGGCGUUUGUGUGCGCAGACUUAAGCAGCAAAGCAUGACUUAAACACGUCGGCGGAAGUUGCAAGUCACCUCAUUCAGCCUUUACUAUUACACACACUGGGGCCUGAUCUAAGGAUAACUAUGCGGUUUGCCCACUGGUGCAAUUGUUUAAGGAAUGUUCCGUUGUGACUAUGCCAUAAGCCGACUAACAGAAACGCGCCUAAUUUAUUAUUUUUCAUGAAAGUGGGCAUAACCUUUGCAGCCGCUUUAUCUACGAAAGUUAUAAUAGAUAUCGCAGCGCAUCGAUAUCCGUGCAACAUGCAAUUUAUAACGAGAUCAUUUUGCAUUUUGUAGACACAAAAGUUGCGCGAGUAUAGUUUCACGUCACUUGCAGAGCUCGCAGCUGUGGAGUUCUGAAUGUAAUAAUAAUAAUAAUAAUAAUAAUAAUAAUAAUAAUAAUAAUAAUAAUAAUAAUAAUAAUAAUAAUAAUAAUAAUAAUAAUAAUAAUAAUAAUAAUAAUCAUAAUAAUAAUAAUAAUAAUAAUAAUAAUAAUUUAGUACUCAAACAUCUAUGAAGCCUUUGUACUGGUGUACUUGAAAACUAGGGCAAAACAUGACGUAGAUAAAGAUAUGAGUGGAAAAAAAGCGGACACUUCCAUGAAAGCGAGAUAAUCAUAUGGCAUAUUUAUCUACACUUGUACAGAACACAGCAAAUGAACUCGCAUAGAUGUAAAUAUAGGUAAAAUACGUGCAGCAUUUUGCUGAUGCCAACCGAGCCCUAGGAUAUUGUACAUUGCAACAUGUCUGUGGAGAACGCUCUAAAGAAGAAGUGCGGCAAGUAGCAGGGUUUUAACAGCUAUGUCAAAAGUGCAGAAGCUUCACAUUUUCCUGAGCUCGUUGUAGAUAGCGCGCAGAUUAGCCUCAGUAUAAGACAGCGUUUUCUCUAACCUAAUAUGGCACAAACAACUGGAUAUAGGUGUCACUAAUUAGGGAGCCCACAUUGAAUGGUAAUACCGACCGACCGAGCGCGUGCGAUAAAGGGUCUGCUCAUGCCUCACAGUGAGUGCGUCCAGUUAUAUUACCGCUGAUAUUAUAUGCCACCGCAAACGAGCUACAACACCGCAGCCUCAUCACUCGCCGCGGGAACGCAGUGUUCGAAGCUAACAUGUACUGCCACAUUAUCAGCAGUCUACCACCACUCAUUAAACGGACACUGCCAACAAAUUAUCGCUGGAGCACUGCGCAUAACCUUACCAUCGCACCAUUUUUUUUCCUCGUCUAAUACAGGUUAGUGCUGUUGAUGCGUUAGCUACGAAUGUACCUGCUGGCACCCAGUUAUGUCUGCAGAAAUGCCACAGCAAACAUAAAAGGAUAUAAACGCGCAAAUUUCUUGCAUGUGCCUUUUCGCACUCGUUGAUCAGCGGUCCUGCAUGUAUAGUGCGACGCUCUGUUCAUGUGAUCACCGGAAUUGGCUGGCCGUGAACGGUGAACGACGAGAAAGCAAUAUAACUGAGCUAAAUGAACUCUUACAUUACAUCUAUCCACGUCCUUGAUUUCUUUAUGGUUGGUAACUCGCAUUUGCAAGCAUUUUGAUGGUACAUGCAGUUAAAUUGGGCUUAGUUCAGCAUCGCCCUAUUACCUCCCCUCCCCCCCCCCCCCCCCCCCCCCCCCCCCCCACUCCCUACCCAUGUUCGUGAAACCAUUCGUAUGUACUCUGUUAUUUCAGUGCGCAAGAUUUUACUACAUUUUCUCACGGAAAGACGCGAGAUUCCGAAAAACAUUCGCGGCGCAUCGCUGCCAAGCCACUGCCAAGCUCUUUGCACUCUCUUUCUCGGCUCACUGCCAGAAAACGUAAAGUCAUACAAAAUAAAUGACGAUGUUCAGUCUGUGUGCCAAAGAUUCAAGUGCACUGUGAUGUAAUGACCAUUUGUUUCAGUGGCUUUUCUUUUUUUCCCACUGAACUACGUGAAAUGGUAUGCGUGCCCACGUGGUCGCGAGAGUGGAGCGUUAAAGCGUUUAGAGCGUUCGUGGGGCACUGCAAGCGAAUGAUGCUCUACGCAGAAGCGCACGUGUCUCUGCGCGUGUGUUCGUAGUAAGCUCUCUCCUUAAUUGAAGCUCCUGUCACUCGCUGUGCACGUCUUUUCUCUCUGAUGUACGACUCAUAAUUCUCAGCUGCAAAAGUGCCAUAUUUUUCUCCCACGUAGAAGGCACACAUGAUCAUGACGCAAAUGUUUAUACAGAACUGGCAUCUCUAAAUGUUCACUGAUUGACGAACAGGCCUCUUCGAAUAAAUGUGUUCAUAUGUAACAAAUGAAAGGCGCUCUUGUGGCUGGAAAUAUUAUAUAAAUCGUCAAUUGUUGAGCCUGUGGUAGUCUUAGUCUAAAUUCGACCGAGCUGCUAAGGAAGCGCUAAACAUGCUUCGCAGUGUUUCUUUUCUUUCUUUCUUUUUUUUGCAGACGCUUCUUUUACCGUAAAUAAUCAGGUGCCGAAUCCACAAAACCUUUCCUUGGUAAAAAAUUUUUUGCCAUGGGCUGGCCACCCUCGCUAAUAUGUCCAGCACCAGGAUCGACUGGAGUUUUCUCUUACAAAAAAUCCUAGUGUAAGAGGCAUGUGUGCCGGGAUUCGGUGCCGGUGAGUGACGUCAUACUCACCCGCAGAACGAACCAGCAAUGUUGUUUGUCGUCUGAAUCUCGCUUCAGCAUGGAAAAGGUCGCGUUGUUGAGACGCGAAAACGAAGCCUACGAGCGGUGUCGUGGUAUUUCGGCCGCAUGCAGUCUUUGUGCCAUGAUUUCACUGCCGGCCUAUAUGAAACGUCCUUGUUUGGCGGAGUGCAUUUUUCAUUUGUGGACGAAUAUACGAGAUUUUUCUUCGACGUACGUAAAAUUCGUACACGUUGUUUUGUUUCUGAAGACACCAGCCCGUGAGUACACUGGCGAGUGGUUGUUUUCGAUGCCUUUCAGGUGUUUCGCAAGUGUUGAACCACUAGGUCAGCGCAAUCUAUGUAUAUUCUGAGAGCCUUUUACACUCACGUGGACGAACUACAAAGGACAUUGCUCUAAGGAGCACACAGGUUUCUAUCCAGCAGAAGCGGAAUUUCGUCACCUCUCGCUAAAGAGCUGAAUCUGCAUUAUGCAAGCUGUACUUGAGGAAGCGAGAGAGAUAAAGACAGAAAGCUCUUCACUGAAAUGCAUAGAAUUCUGCCUGAGUAAAUGCAGGCGCCUGCGUAGGGAAGGGUAUCGCGGGCAGAAAGAUCCCGGGAGGAGGAGGACAGGAAAAGGAAAAUAGAAGGCGAGAAAAUGUGUGAUCAUGGUAUGUACAGGUCAGACAAGGAGAUGGUGUUGAUAACAACAGGCUCUUAACCACAAAUGAUGCGAGAAAAGCUGAUUUGCCUACGCGUGUGAGUCUUUAGAGACCGCUUAUUUGGUGCUACGCUGUGUCUUUUUUUUUUCUUUAACAGCUUCCAUAUAGGCGAUGUAUAAGCGAAAAAACAAAAUCUAAUAGGCGCAUGUUCCUUUCUUAGACUACCGGGGUGCCGCAUUGCCCUGUGGCUAACUGCUUGUUGAACGCUGCUUUUUGACAAUUGUGUUUGUCCUUGCCGCGAUGUGUAUUUAUUAGACGCUGCAUUAAGCUAAUGCAAUGGUCAGCGCAGCGGCAUGUGUUUGCAGCACUGCGAUUUUGCAUUUAGACUUUGCGGAGUCUCAAAGAAAUAAUGCAGAAUACUGCAAGACUGCGUGUUUGGAGAUGUAGGCUGGUACCUUUGGUUACUCAAAGUAAGAAGCACGCGGCGCCUUGCGAGCACUGUCGCAAGUGCUUCACCUCGCCAACUUCGCUCCACGUAACGCUACGUGAUUCCACGAUGACGAAUGUCUGUGAAAUGCCUUUUUUUUUUGCUUUGUAGAAUAAAGUGAGCGUCCCAGA